AUGGCCACCGCCGCCGCCGAGGAGCCCUUCCCUUUCCACGGUCUCCUGCCGAAGAAGGAGACCGGGGCCGCCUCCUUCCUCUGCCGCUACCCGGACUAUGACGGGCGGGGCGUGCUCGUCGCCGUCCUGGACACGGGGGUCGACCCCGGAGCCCCCGGCAUGCAGGUUACAACUGACGGAAAACCAAAAAUCCUUGAUAUCAUUGAUACAACGGGAAGUGGUGAUGUGAAUACUGCCACGGUAGUAGAGCCAAAAGAUGGUGAAAUCGUUGGCCUAUCAGGAAGAGUGCUUAAGAUUCCUGCAAGCUGGACAAAUCCCUCAGGCAAAUAUCAUAUUGGCAUAAAAAAUGGCUAUGAUUUCUAUCCAAAGGCUCUCAAGGAAAGGAUACAGAAAGAACGGAAAGAAAAAAUCUGGGACCCUGUUCACAGAGUGGCCCUUGCAGAAGCCUGUAGAAAACAAGAAGAGUUUGAUAUUGCCAACAGUAGCCCUUCUCAAGCAAAUAAACUAAUCAAAGAAGAGCUUCAAAGUCAAGUGGAAUUACUAAAUUCUUUUGAAAAAAAAUAUAGCGAUCCUGGCCCUGUCUAUGACUGCUUGGUAUGGCAUGAUGGUGAAACCUGGAGAGCCUGCGUUGAUUCGAAUGAAGAUGGAGACUUGAGUAAUUCUACUGUAUUGAGAAACUACAAAGAGGCCCAGGAAUAUGGCUCCUUUGGCACAGCUGAGAUGUUAAAUUACUCCAUAAAUAUAUACGAUGAUGGAAACCUACUCUCCAUUGUGACCAGUGGAGGAGCUCACGGGACACACGUAGCCAGCAUAGCUGCCGGGCAUUUUCCAGAAGAACUAGAACGCAAUGGCGUAGCUCCCGGUGCUCAAAUCCUCUCCAUCAAGAUUGGCGAUACAAGACUAAGUACAAUGGAAACAGGCACGGGCCUCAUCAGAGCUAUGAUAGAAGCUAUAAAUCAUAAGUGUGAUCUUGUCAACUACAGCUAUGGGGAAGCAACUCACUGGCCAAAUUCUGGGCGAAUCUGUGAAGUAAUUAAUGAAGCGGUAUGGAAGCAUAAUAUUAUUUAUGUCUCAAGUGCUGGAAAUAACGGUCCAUGCCUUUCUACAGUAGGUUGUCCAGGUGGAACUACGUCGAGUGUGAUAGGUGUUGGUGCCUAUGUGUCUCCUGAUAUGAUGGUUGCUGAAUAUUCUCUGAGAGAGAAAUUACCUGCAAAUCAAUACACUUGGUCUUCUAGAGGCCCAAGUGCCGACGGGGCCCUUGGAGUGAGUAUCAGCGCUCCUGGAGGAGCCAUUGCCUCUGUCCCUAACUGGACGUUACGAGGGACUCAGCUGAUGAAUGGGACAUCCAUGUCUUCUCCUAACGCAUGUGGAGGCAUCGCCCUUGUACUUUCAGGUCUGAAAGCUAAUAACGUUGACUACACAGUUCAUUCAGUGAGAAGAGCUCUAGAAAACACAGCGGUCAAGGCUGACAAUAUAGAAGUGUUUGCCCAAGGACAUGGUAUUAUUCAGGUUGAUAAAGCCUAUGACUACCUCAUUCAGAACACAUCAUUUGCUAAUAAAUUAGGUUUUACUGUUACUGUUGGAAAUAACCGCGGCAUCUACCUCCGAGAUCCUGUUCAAGUGGCAGCCCCUUCAGACCAUGGUGUUGGCAUUGAACCUAUAUUUCCAGAGGAUACGGAAAACCCUGAAAAAAUAUCCCUUCAGCUUCAUUUAGCUUUAACUUCAAAUUCCACUUGGGUUCAGUGUCCUAGCCAUUUGGAACUCAUGAAUCAAUGUAGACAUAUAAACAUACGUGUGGAUCCCCGGGGCUUAAGAGAAGGAUUGCAUUAUACAGAGGUAUGUGGCUAUGAUAUAGCGUCCCCUAAUGCAGGUCCUCUGUUCAGAGUUCCAAUAACUGCAGUUAUAGCAGCCAAAGUAAAUGAGUCAUCCCAUUACGAUCUAGCCUUUGCAGAUGUACAUUUUAAACCUGGCCAAAUUCGGAGGCAUUUUAUUGAGGUUCCUGAGGGCGCAACGUGGGCUGAAGUCACGGUGUGUUCAUGUUCUUCGGAGGUGUCAGCCAAGUUCGUUCUUCAUGCAGUACAGCUUGUGAAGCAGAGGGCCUAUCGAAGUCAUGAGUUCUAUAAGUUUUGUUCCCUUCCAGAAAAAGGAACACUGACCGAAGCUUUUCCUGUCUUAGGUGGGAAAGCAAUUGAAUUCUGCAUUGCUCGUUGGUGGGCAAGUCUUAGUGAUGUCAAUAUUGAUUAUACCAUUUCCUUCCAUGGGAUAGUUUGUACUGCUCCUCAGUUAAAUAUUCACGCUUCAGAAGGAAUCAACCGCUUUGACGUUCAGUCCUCGUUGAAAUAUGAAGAUCUGGCUCCCUGCAUAACUCUGAAGAGCUGGGUCCAAACACUGCGCCCAGUGAGUGCAAAAACAAAACCUUUAGGAUCAAGAGAUAUUUUGCCAAAUAAUCGUCAACUUUAUGAGAUGAUCCUGACAUACAAUUUUCAUCAGCCCAAGAGUGGGGAAGUAACUCCAAGCUGCCCGCUACUUUGCGAAUUGUUAUAUGAAUCAGAAUUUGACAGCCAACUGUGGAUUAUUUUUGACCAGAACAAAAGACAGAUGGGUUCAGGCGAUGCUUACCCACAUCAGUACUCUCUGAAACUGGAGAAAGGAGAUUAUACGGUUCGACUACAGAUUCGGCAUGAGCAAAUCAGUGAUUUGGAACGUCUUAAAGAUCUUCCGUUUAUUGUUUCUCAUAGGUUGUCUAAUACCUUGAGCUUAGAUAUUCACGAAACUCAUAGCCUUGCCCUUCUAGGAAAGAAGAAGUCCAACAAUUUGACCUUGCCGCCCAGAUACAACCAGCCGUUCUUUGUUACCUCCUUACCUGACGAUAAAAUACCUAAAGGAGCAGGACCUGGAUGCUACCUUACGGGGUCCUUAACAUUGUCAAAGACCGAACUUGGAAAAAAAGCUGGGCAGUCUGCAGCAAAACGACAAGGAAAAUUUAAAAAGGAUGUCAUCCCUGUUCAUUAUUACCUGAUAUCUCCACCAACAAAGAGUAAGAAUGGCAGCAAAGAGAAAGAAAAAGAUGCAGAAAAAGAAAAAGAUCUACAAGAAGAGUUUACUGAAGCACUACGAGAUCUCAAAAUUCAAUGGAUGACAAAGCUGGAUUCUAAUGAUAUUUAUAACGAAUUGAAAGAAACGUAUCCUAGUUACCUUCCUCUGUAUGUUGCAAGACUUCAUCAGUUGGAUGCUGAAAAGGAAAGGAUGAAAAGACUCAAUGAAAUUGUUGAAGCUGCAAAUGCUGUUAUUUCUCAUAUAGAUCAGACAAGCCUAGCAGUUUAUAUUGCAAUGAAGAGUGACCCCAGACCUGACGCAGCUACUAUAAAAAAUGACAUGGACAAACAGAAGUCUACCCUGGUAGAUGCCCUUUGUCGAAAAGGAUGUGCCCUGGCAGACCAUCUUCUUUACUCACAAGCUCACGAUGGGGCUGUUUCCGGUGACACAGAAGUGAAAGAGGAGGAAGGAGAAAGUGUUUUGGAUUCUCUGACGGAAACUUUUUGGGAAACUACAAAAUGGACUGAUCUUUUCGACAGUAAGGUUUUAACAUUUGCAUACAAGCAUGCACUAGUAAAUAAAAUGUAUGGGCGAGGCCUUAAAUUUGCAACUAAACUUGUGGAAGAAAAACCAACAAAAGAAAACUGGAAAAAUUGUAUUCAACUGAUGAAGUUACUUGGAUGGACUCAUUGUGCGUCUUUUACUGAAAACUGGCUCCCCAUCAUGUACCCUCCUGAUUACUGCAUAUUCUAAACUGAGAACCAAGACUUAAAAUUUUAAAAAAGAAACUUUUAUAGUGAAUGGGUAUAAAAACAGAUUUGUGGCAUUUUUAGUCUAAUGCAUGUUUUCAUCCGCUAUCAAAUACCGAUUAUUAAACGAUGUGUAUUUA